AUGCGGCAGGGCCGGGCUCGUGUUGCUUGGAGGUUCCAGGGCUGCUCGGGGUCCCGGGGCUGUUUGGGGGUCCCGGGCGCUGCUCGGGGGUCCCGGGGCUGCUCGGGGGUCCCGGCCGCUGCUUGGGGUCCCGGGGCUGCUCGGGGCAGCCCCGGGCUGGGCUCAGCGAGCCGCGGUGUCCCCAAGGAGAGCGGCCGCCUGGCCUCGCAGAUCCGGAGGCUGUACGGCGCGAACCGCCGCGCCGCUCGGCCCUUCUGGCUGUGCCUGACCGAGUUCGCGGCGGGGACGGCGAUCUACGAGCAGUGCUUCCGCAUGAACGACGGCUUCGCGGGGUACCUGAUGGAUACAACCCCAGAGAGUUACCUGGACCUGUUUCCUUUGGAGGCCAUUGUUUAUCUCACUCCUGACUCUGAGAAUGUGCUUGAAGACGUCGAUCCCAGCAAGGUGUACGUGCUGGGAGGGCUGGUGGACGAGAGCAUCCACAAGCAGCUGACCCUGCGGAGGGCGCGGGAGCAGCGCCUGCACACAGCCCGGCUGCCCAUCCGGGAGUACAUGGUGAGAGCCCCCAACGCCAGGAACUACCACUCCGAGACACUGGCCAUCAACCAGGUCUUUGACGUCCUGUCCACCUACUACGAGACACAGAGCUGGCCAGCAGCCCUGAGGGCUGGAGUUUCUUCUGGAAAAGGCUACGUGCUGCCGGACACAGCGGAUCAGGUGGAAACAGCCCAGAGCACCACUGCUGCCCAAGGAAACUCUUUAUUUCGCGCUGAGGAGCCGCACAGGCAGGAAGCAGCAGCAUGAGGCACAGGAGGCAGCUGUUUCCAGCAGAGUGAGGACCUCGUUGGAGCAACACCUUCUACCUCAGGAAUGCGGUGCUGGACAUCGCCCGUGGCCCCCAGCGGGAAAGGAAAGCCUGGCGGAGCCUGGGAUCAAGUGAAAACUGACAGGAAUUCAGUUUUGCUUCUUUGCAGCUGUUUGUUUGUGACUCCUGCACCUACGCUUGUUCUGAGGCGGGGAGGAGAGCUUUAGGGUGUGUUCUUCAUUUUAUUGAAACAGAGCAAGGUGAAGUUAGGAUUGCAAAGCUUUUGGGCAAGGGAAGCGCCCUGCCAGGGGACAGGAGAGUGCUGCUCCUGCAGGAGAUGGGCAGCAGCUCCCAAGGGCACUGUGUCCCAGCAGCUUAAACCCACCCAAGGCUUGGUGAGUUGUUGAAGCCUUUGGCUAGUUGUAUGCAUCUAAUAUAAAAUAAAAGGUUUAGA